UUGGCGUGGGUUACAGUUAACCUUCAUUAUUUGCGCUGUCUGUCAUGCUAGGGGGAUUCAAACACGCGUUUUGUGUUCAAUUAGUUGCAGUUUCAUGUUCCAUUAUUAAUUAGCUAAAUCCAAAGAGACACAUGCAGAUAUGGAGGGGGUUUCCCCUCACCCUAUGUGGUGAUAAAUGAAAUGCCAAGUGUGGAGGCUCACCAACAGUUUAUUGUCCAGCACACAGCAAUUCCUGGCACUUUAAUAUGAUUCAGCAACUUUCACACUGACGGGAAACACCCUGCUUGAUUGCAAAUAAGUAGUACAGAAUUUAAGGAAAAUGUACAUCUGAAUUUAACUGAAAUUAUAAGUUAGUACUCAAAGGAUUGGUACAUUACAAUUAAUUUGUCAAGUUGUCUUUUCCAUCGACCAGUCUUUAGAGACUGCUAGAGCCUAUGCCAUGUUCCCUUUAGUGUUUACUUCCUGUCUGUCUACUUCUGCUGUUCCCUUAAGUGUUGAUUACUUGUCUGUCGUCUUUUGCUAGUCCCUUUAAGGUCCCCUGUUAUACUAAAUGCACUUUUGAUGUCUUUUAUACAUAAAUAUUGCCCCAUGCACCAAACCGGAUCCAGUUCAAGAUCCGAUCUUUUGCUUUUCUGGUUCUAGCCUGUAGCACCCCUUGUGUUUCCAUCGCUCAGAGGCCAAGUGGAGCCCAAGUGGAGCUGCGUCAUUGCGUCAUCACGUAACCGUUUAUGUGCCCUCUUAUGACUGAUUAAUAUUCACUGUCUGACUGUCACACAAUCAGCUGAUGCAUACCCCCACCCCAUAAGUGAAUGUGUUUCAGUCUGAAUUGACGCUGUUUGGCAUCACAACGCUGUUAUGAAAGUGUCUCUGGCUUUAGACAGGUAAUGUUAGCAUAGCAAGCGAGGCUACUCUGACUAUCUUCACUACUUUGCUAUCCUAAUGUGGCAUAAGCCGUUUUCUACAGGCACAUUGUACCGGCGUAGUUUUCGUUAUGGUUUUACUUCUGAUGGCAGCCUGUGUAGCCCAUCUAUUGAUUCCUUCCGAUAGCUGCAAUAAUACAAAACAACAGGAGAACAUCUGCCUGCUCUUUCCAAUAAUCAAUAACAGUGAACAGAUGGUGAUUAAAGUACGGUAAACAUAAACAGCAUCACACUAAGCCUGGUUAGUGUUGCCUGACUUUAUAAAAUGUGUGUUUUAUAAGUGUGUGGUCGCGUUGUAGUUACUUUGCUCAGCGAUACUGCUUGUUACAACUUGUACUCGCUGUACUCGCCAUAAACUAUAAUUGUUCAGGUUGAUCUCCCCCCUCCGAAGUAAGCGUGACGUAUUUGGUUGUUGGAUCUUGCCGAGCAGCCAAGUGGGUCCAGAAAGAUCUGGUUUGAUGCUUAAAGCCGGCGCUGCUGCAGUGGAAACACGAAAAACCAGAUCUUUAUCGGCUCCGGGUUGGUGGAAACGCGGCAAACGUGUCCCCGGUGUGUAAGGAGAUUCACAAAGUGUCAGAAAAUACAACCCUCUCUCUUUUCCUCCUUUUCCACAUCUCUAAAAACGGGGGUAAAAACGAGCUGAUCCAGAUUUGACGUCAUAACCGAAAUGUGGGCUGGCUUUACAUUGAACUCCUGGCAACAUCCCACCUACUUGACACUUCCCAACCUAUCGUCCUCCAUAUACAGUCGCGAGCUGAAUCCCCUCCGCAGCACCUCUGUUUGUCUGUGUAUUCUGCAGGAGGGACUUACAGUUGUUGUAUAUAUCAGGGGUUUUCAACCGGUGGUCCGCGGACCCCUGGUGGUCCGCGGCGGCAUUGCAUGUGGUCCGUGACAAGAGCCUAUGUUGAUCAGUUCACCAUUGUUUUUUUUUAAUAUAAAUUCGCUUUGAUAUUUCAACACAUUUCCAGAAUACCGUUACAUAUCGUGAAAAAUAUGUUUAAAAUAAUAUAAAGGAAAUUCAAGCUGACAGAAUGUAGCCUUGCGCCUAUCCAGUCUAUGGUAGCCUGUGAUUCGCUAAUGGUAAUGAGUUGCGUCGCUAACCUCACUUAUUAUUCAUUACGUACAGUCUUGCGAGCAAAGUUGACACACAUUUAUAAGCAUAGCCGACGAGAGUAUUUUAAAGACCUCAUGACACGUGGAAAAUAAAGUAAUAUACAUACACACAUUGAAAGUACACAUACAAAAUAGUCACUUGAAGUUGGUUUUAAUCAUUAUGAUAGAGAAAUUGAGUUUGUACGGCCUUUUAAAAGUGCGAUUUUUGCGAUCUGCUACCGACCUUCCUAUUAGUCAGUCACAUGACCUAUGACGUACACUCCGGAACGGCUCCUUGGUCAAGACACUAUCCCACCUGUCACUCACGACUAUCCUGACACCUGUCAACAACAUGGAUUCUGACAACUCCGAUUCAUCCUCGGAUCCUGACACAUUUUUCGAAGUGGCAGAGUCCGACCCAAUGCUGGAGGACAAUGUGAGGGGCGUUAUGCCCUAUAGAUACGAGCCAUACUUGGAUGAGUUGGAGCCACAGGGUUCUACGGAAAGUUCGGAUGGCGAGGCAGAAGGCGCUGUUGGUGGUGCUGCUGUGGCAGACGGUCGGAUGCCUAUGGAUUUUGGCAGACUACAGCACGUGGAAUGGUGUUCUUGUGGGAGAUGUGAGCCAAUGCCACUGGUAGUGGAGUCGGUGUGCUGCCGCGAACAGUCAAGAGUGUGCGAGAGGAGAGAGGAGGAGGGAGCAGACACCCGCUGCAUCACAGAACAUUCUGGCUUUGAGCCAGUUUGUCUGAAUCUGCAUGUUCUGCGCACCGCACAUUUCCACUAUCGGCAAGAAUACGGGGAUGUAGAGGGAAACGAGUGGAAGAGGUACACUGGAUACAGACAGUUUGUGCGAUGGUGCUACGAGUACCUGGGAAGACAUGUCAGGGUCCCCAUACCUUCCUGUGUGGUGUGGUGUAUCCGGAGAACUUUUCCCUCCAUUGAUUACAGGGGGUUCCAGGACACCAACAGCCCGUGAUGAUACAUGUAUGCUGUUAACUUGUUAAUUUUGUUUUUUUAGUUUAAAUACAUGAGUUUGUAAAUACAUGAAAAUGAAUGUCAAUACAUGAUACCUCUGGCUUCACAUGAAUGUGUCUUCAUUUUUACAACUUACAACAGCUUACAACAAAUAGGCCUAGCAAAUCAAUUUACACCUUCACCAUGGAAGGGUAGCUGAUAUUUUUGAUCAUACGGUGUCUAAGAUGUGCUGUACUUCAGGGACAAUGCAAUACAAGCCCACAUGGAUAAGGGGGAAAACUGUAGCAACACAGACAUACUACACACCCUGUAAUGACACUUUUCAGAACACCAAGGUGAGGAUGGAGCAGGAGGUUCCCAACACAGUAAAUCAAAGCACUCACGGCAAAGAUGAAAUUAAGUUUGUGUUUAUUCCAUUCAGUCCGGUUCUCAUGUGUACAUUUAGGUGUUAUUUGUAAUGCUAAAGCGGGUCAUAUGUGCAUUGACUGCUGCCCUCUUAUCCGGCUUUUCGAAUGAUGCAUUGAGUGGCUCUGUAACAGGGGACGGGUCUGGGAUGUCAAAGUCAUCACCGUUGUAGUCCUCACCUCGACACAUGGCCUCCACCAUCCGCAUCAGCUCUUCAGCAUAGCC